GUGGUCUUGGUUGUCGCGUCUUGACCUCGACAGUCGCAUCCAUCCAUCGCAACCAAACACAUCCACUGCCUCUGCUCUCUUCUCUGUCUAUCUGCUGGGCUAGUCUGCCAUGGACGAUGAUCUAGAUGAUCUGUAUGGCUACACAUCAGCCUCACCCAAAGCAGAUACUUCAAAUCAACAAGAAGCCCAAGACGUCACUAUGAAGGAAGAAGAAGCCGACAAACAAUCAGCCAGCGGUUCCGGUAGCUCAGACGAUGAGAGUGAGAUUGAGUUCGUGAUUGCUACAAAGCCUGGUCAACGCGCUGAACCACCGGCCAAUAAACCACUGCCCUUCUCAGGUGCUAAAGUCGCCAAACCUGCAGUCGCCAAACCUGCAGUCAAGGCUGAAGAUGGAGCCGCUGCUGCUGCUGGUGCUGCCAGUACAACACAAGAUGUCACAGAUGGCUCUCAUACAGCUGGUACUACAGCUGCGAUAGGACGGAAAGAGCCCAUGCAAAAAUUACCGAAUGUCGAUAUCCAUGCCAUUGCCCAACUCGAUGGCAAAUCGAUCCUCGAAAUCGACCUCGAGGCACUCGAGCAUAAACCGUGGCGGCAAGAAGGUGCAGACAUCACCGACUACUUCAACUACGGCUUUGAUGAAUUCACAUGGACUGCCUAUGUCAAUAAGCAAAAACAAAUUAGGAGUGAAUAUACGCCAGACAAAGUCAUGGCGAAUAUGCUCCCUGACCCAAUGAUGAUGAUGCCAGAUCCAUCCAUGAUGGGAGGAUUUCCUGGUGCAAUGGAUCCAAUGUUUAUGCAAGGUAUGUUCAAUGGCCAACAAGACUUCCCAGGACAACCGCCGCCGUUCAUGCCGCCUCAACAACAACAUAACCAACAACAACCGGCAUUUACAGGACCAGCAAGUCGAGCAAUGCAACAAAAUCGACCGAGCCAUAGUCCCGCGCCACCACCACCUGCACCGGGUGGGUUUGAAGAGAUGCCCAAAAUCCCGACUGGUCCGAGUAAAGGCAGGGGAGGACGCAGCAGGCGCUGAGUUGCCGCUGAUCUUGGGGCCAUGGAGUCGGAGAGUAAAUAAGCAUAGCUGCAUCGAGUAUUCCAUCUGGUGAGCUGAAUCGUGAGAAUUGGUCGUCCAUCAACCAGCAAGAUCAAG